AUGCGAAUUACUCCUAGCCUUUUGGGCAGCCUGGUUUCCUAUCUGAUCUCUCAACAAUGCUUAGUCCAGGCUAGUCGCUCUCCGGGGGGUACACAAGUGGGCGAGGUCGUGCAAGGAGAUUACUUCUCCGAGGAAGCUUUUCAGCUUACAGACGACUCACUCUCGACCCUCGAUGACAUUGAUCCAGCACAUGCGUCUCUCUUUUAUCCUGAGAACACGUCCCAGCGUCGAAACAUCGGUUCCCAUUCGUCGCGAAAAUGCAAGACGUUCCCUGGAGACUCGCUUUGGCCGAGUACCACUGUCUGGCGAUUAUUCGAUCGUGUCACCGGAGGCGCUCUCAUAAAGACUGUUCCCAUCGCAGCUCCUUGUUAUGACGAUUACGGAACCCACGAAAAGUCUCUUUGCAGUCAUAUUGUUGACCAAUGGACCAAUUCUUCUCUACAUAUUGCCGACCCAUCAUCUGUCAUGUGGCCACUAUAUCAGGGCCGCACAUGUCAGCCUGGCGUAAGCCCCGAGGGGAAUUGCACACUCGGCGGUUAUCCAUCUUACGUUGUUGAUGCGCAAAAUGUUGCCCACUUGCAAUUGGCUGUCAACUUUGCACGAUCGACCAACCUCAGACUGGUGAUCAAAAAUACCGGCCACGACUUCAAUGGGCGCUCGGCUGGCGCUGGGGCACUGUCGAUCUGGACUCAUCGCUUCAAGGGUAUCCAGUUCUUCAAAAGCUACAAGACUAAAUCUUACAACGGACCCGCGCUGAAAGUUGGAGCUGGUGUCAUUGGCUCAGAACUCUACGCAGCAACUGAUAAGUAUGGUGUCACUGCCGUCGGAGGAGAGGGAAUGAGUGUUGGUUUUGCCGGCGGUUAUUUGGCUGGUGGUGGACACUCGCCUAUGUCUCCUCUGUACGGGAUGGGUGCCGAUCAGAUCCUGAGCAUCGACGUUGUCACGGCAGAUGGUCGAUUCGUCACCGCUAACGAAGAGAAGAACACUGACCUUUUCUGGGCUCUCAGCGGCGGUGGAGGAAGCACGUAUGGCGUAGUGACUUCGUAUACCGUCAAGACCUUCCCCAAGAUCAAAGCUGCCGUGAUGUCCUUUUCCUUUGGCACCAGCAAGACAGUCUCUCACGAUGCAUUCUGGGCCGCUGUUCGAGCUUACUGGAAGCUCAUUCCUACGUUCAACAAGGCGGGCAACUACGAAUACUGGGGUAUCUUCCAUGGAGAAGGUGAUGCGCUUAUGUUCUCUCUGUUUCCUUUGUUUGCUCCCAACCAUACCCUCGCCGAGUUGAAGACACUAGUUGCCCCUCUGUUCAAGACAUGGAAGGAACUCGGCAUCGAGUUUGAUGUAACCGAGUCAGAGCAUGACAACUUCUAUGGUGCUUGGUCUGCUGGCUUUCCUCGUGAAGUCGUCGGUGGUGCAAAGACCAAGACAGCUGGUCGCCUGUUUCCUAGUGAAAACCUUGAGGAUCCUGCCAAGUUCAACAAGACCUUCGGCGCGCUGAAGAGUCUUUCCGACAAGGGUGGACAAAUUAUUGGCUUUGGAAUCACUGGUGGUCCAGGACCUUACCCUGAGAACGCCGUGAACCCUGCUUGGCGAAAUGCUGCUAUGUGGGUGAUUUCGGUUAUUGACUUUCCCGAGGGUAGUUCUUGGAAUGUGGUCGCUGAGAAGAGCAAGACGUUGACAAAUGAUUGGAUGAAGCCAUGGAGAGAUGUAACGCCCGGCGGUGGUGCAUAUGCUUCUGAGGCAGACGUUACUGAGCCCAACUUCCAGCAGUCGUUUUACGGUGCCGAUAAGUACAAAAGGCUUCUUUUGAUCAAGGACAAGGUCGAUCCUAAUGGUCUUUUUUAUGCACUUCAGGGAGUUGGCAGCGAGCGGUGGUAUGUCAAGGACCAAGUUGAUGGUGUACCCACUCAAAACGGUCGCCUCUGCAGGGUAUAG